AUGACUCUUUACUCUACAUCCAACAAAUCCAUUGAGGCCAUUGACCCUCUCAAGCAAGCUGGUCAGCCUCCCUCCUACACCAUCCAGCCUGAUAGCACAGAGUACCAGCAACCCCAACCUCAAGAUCUAGAUGCUUCUUCUACGGCCAAGCCAACAGCCGGCGAGCGAUUUCACAAAAUUAGUUCCAAGGCUGGUUCGCCAUUAAACAAGGCUGCCAAUCUGUUUGGUGCUGAAGGAUGGUGGCCUUCUACUAUGGACAAGGAGUGCAGCAAGGCUGCUCGUAUUCUUCACUCUUUCACCAACCUCAACUCGUCAACAUCGCCCACAGAGAAAGGACCCCUCCACCCAACCGGACUUACACGCAAGUCGAUGGUCAAAAUUCCCCCUUCUGUCCUCCAGAGCGCAGCCGGUCUAGCCAUCUUCAACGUCAUCCGUGCCGGCGCCGGUCAUAACUCACUUUCUGGUGGCUCCGGCAUAGUCAUUGCCCGACGUUCAGACGGUACUUGGUCUCCUCCUUCUUCAUUUGUUGUAAGCAGUCUCGGUGCAGGCUUCGUCUUUGGUCUUGAUGUCUACGAUUGCGUUUGUGUUCUCAACACUCCGGAGCAAGUCGCCGCCUUCACAAAGCCUCGCCUUUCAUUCGGUGCAGAGGGUUCGGUUGCUCUGGGACCCAUUGGGACAGGUGGUAGUGUUGAGGCUGCCCUUAGCAAGACCGCUCGUCCUGUGUGGAGCUACAUGAAGAGCCGCGGCUUGUGGAUGGGUGUUCAAAUCGACGGCACCAUCGUGGUCACUCGAGGUGAUGCCAAUGCCACUUUCUACAACGAGCGUGGUAUCACGGCACAGAAGAUCCUUUAUGGUGACGUUGCUUGGCCAAUGGCUGCUAAGCCUCUUUUCGAGGUCCUUCAGGCUCUUGAGGGACGGACUGACUAUGACCAGACUGUUGUACAAGCAGUUGGACAGGUCCCUCCCCCUGGCGAUAGUAUCUUGUCUGAGAAGCAGGAGAGAUACACUGAUGAACCUCAGGUGCAAGAGACUCAAGAGCAAACACCGCCUGAGGUUGUUUCUCGUGAUGUCAAGGAGGAACUUCCUGAUUAUGAGGUUGUGAAAAAGGGCGAGGAGGAGGAGAUUGUGGAUGAUGAGAAGGCCAGGCUUGCUGCAUCAGGAUACUAG